AUGCUGAACGAGACACAAGUCUCAGAGGGAAUCUGCAACUCAUCUAUCUUUUUCCUUCUGCAUACGUCCGUACCGGGGGAGGCGUUUCUUCGUGUUCUCAACCGCAGAUACAGAUGCCUACUUGAGUACCUACGCAACUACUUUGGGUACGCAUACACAAGUACUCUGCGUGGGUGUCUGCGCAUGUGUAAGAGUGACGAUUAUUAUGACACUGACAGCACAUCGAAGCGGAGUCUGGACAAAAAAAAAGCCAAGCCGCAGCAGCACGCAACGCGCGCAGCACAUCAGCGCACACUGCAGAUGCAGAUUGUGGCAGCGGCAUGA